AUGUCACGAACUUACCAAAGCUACGAACACGCCGAUCCAACUCAAACUGCCCGGGGCGCAGUGGGUGGCGGCUCAUCAACUGGCGCCCCAGGCCGCCCAACAGGCCUCCGCGACACACGAUCCGAGUACGAUGAAACCAAGGGCUACAAUCCUGCCACAGGAGCCAGUUAUUCGAAAUCAUCCGCAGGCGGACCAAGCCAGACCCGCCAGCAACCACUCUCACCGUCGCCCUCUCGCAGCGAUGACCGGAUUGUCGGGGAUGCGCCACUCCCGUACACUGCUAGUACAGCACAGCGGUCGGAAAUGCAGGAUCAAGCGGCUUCUGGGUCUAGGGCUGCACGGGCUGGUGAAGGACUUGGGAAUAAAGUAAAGGGUGCUGCAGCAUCGGUUCACGGUGCUGGAGAAUCAUUGCGCGGGGCGUUGAAUACGGCUGUUGAUCGGGCUUUUGGAUCUAAUGAGGGUGCUGAGAGGAAUGAGGAGAUUGCGAAUAAGGGUGCAGAGGAGAUGAGGUCUGGUCAAUUUUCGAAGGGGAGAAGAUACGUCAAGUAG